ACCGAACCUUGGCGACCCGAGCCAAUCGCGAGGCGGCGGGCGAUCCCCAGGCUGCUUAGGCGGCGGGCGGCGGGCGCAGAGCGGGCCGGGCGCGGAGCGGGCGGCGGUGACAGGCGGCGAGAGCCCGCAGCCCUCCCCGCGCGGCGCGCCGCGGCACCAUGGAGCCCGCCGUGUCGCUGGCCGUGUGCGCGCUGCUCUUCCUGCUCUGGGUGCGCCUGAAGGGGCUGGAGUUCGUGCUCAUCCACCAGCGCUGGGUGUUCGUGUGCCUCUUCCUCCUGCCGCUCUCGCUCAUCUUCGACAUCUACUACUACGUGCGCGCCUGGGUGGUGUUCAAGCUCAGCAGCGCGCCGCGCCUGCACGAGCAGCGCGUGCGGGACAUCCAGAAGCAGGUACGAGAAUGGAAGGAACAGGGCAGCAAGACCUUCAUGUGCACGGGGCGCCCUGGCUGGCUCACCGUCUCACUGCGUGUUGGGAAGUACAAGAAGACACACAAAAACAUCAUGAUCAACCUGAUGGACAUUCUGGAGGUGGACACCAAGAAACAGAUUGUCCGUGUGGAGCCCUUGGUGUCCAUGGGUCAGGUGACCGCCCUGCUGACCUCCAUUGGCUGGACUCUGCCUGUGCUGCCCGAGCUCGAUGACCUCACAGUGGGGGGAUUGAUCAUGGGCACAGGCAUAGAGUCAUCAUCGCACAAGUAUGGCCUGUUCCAACACAUCUGCACCGCCUACGAGCUGGUCCUGGCCGAUGGCAGCUUUGUGCGAUGCACGCCGACCGAAAACUCAGACCUGUUCUACGCCGUGCCCUGGUCCUGUGGGACCCUGGGCUUCCUGGUGGCCGCUGAGAUCCGCAUCAUCCCUGCCAAGAAGUAUGUCAAGCUGCGGUUCGAGCCGGUGCGGGGCCUGGAGGCCAUCUGUGAGAAAUUCACCUGGGAGUCCCAGCGGCCGGAGAACCACUUCAUUGAAGGGCUGCUCUACUCCCUGGACGAGGCCGUCAUCAUGACGGGCGUCAUGACGGACGAGGCCGAGCCCAGCAAGCUGAAUAGCAUUGGCAAUUACUACAAGCCGUGGUUCUUCAAGCACGUGGAGAAUUACCUGAAGACAAACCGCGAGGGCCUGGAGUACAUCCCCCUGAGACACUACUACCACCGCCACACGCGCAGCAUCUUCUGGGAGCUCCAGGACAUCAUCCCCUUCGGCAACAACCCGAUCUUCCGCUACCUCUUUGGGUGGAUGGUGCCCCCCAAGAUCUCCCUCCUGAAGCUGACCCAGGGCGAGACCCUGCGCAAGCUGUACGAGCAGCACCACGUGGUGCAGGACAUGCUGGUGCCCAUGAAGUGCCUGCCGCGGGCCCUGCACACCUUCCACAACGACAUCCACGUCUACCCCAUCUGGCUGUGCCCAUUCAUCCUGCCCAGCCAGCCGGGCCUGGUGCACCCCAAGGGAGACGAGACUGAGCUCUACGUUGACAUAGGGGCGUACGGGGAGCCACGUGUGAAACACUUUGAAGCCAGGUCCUGCAUGAGGCAGUUGGAGAAGUUCGUCCGGAGCGUGCACGGGUUCCAGAUGCUGUACGCCGACUGCUACAUGAACCGGGAGGAGUUCUGGGAGAUGUUCGAUGGCUCCUUGUACCACGAGCUGCGGGAGAAGCUCGGCUGCCAGGACGCCUUCCCCGAGGUGUACGACAAGAUCUGCAAGGCCGCCAGGCACUGAGCCGGAGCCGCCUGGAAAGACAGACACGUGUGGGCGGACAGGCAUUGUCCCCUCACUCUAGCUUGGCUGCUUUCCCAGAGCCACACUUUCCAAAAGAAACCCCUCCAGAAACCACACCCAAACAGCCCAGCGCCCUCCCCUGGCUUCAGGGGCAGCCCAGUGGGGCGGAAAGAACACGGGAGUUGAAGUCCAGUUCCCAGUUUAACACUUAUAAGCUAUGUGAGCCUGGGGGAGUCCCUUGGCCCUCUCAGCCCAGCGCUCUUCAUCUGUGAAAGGGGACAGUAAUGCUGGCCUUCGGGCUGUCAGCAUGCACGUCAAGCACCUGUCACCCCGACAGUGCUGGGUAAGUGCUGGCUGUCACUCUGGCUUCCCGUCCAGCAUCACACCUGAUGGAAGUGCUUUGGAGUCAGCAGAUGAGUCUGAAAAGGCUCCGUAUUAGGUCACCUGUGCUCAGGCUUGGCUGGAACGAUGACAGGGAUGCCCUGGGGCAGGCAGGCCCGAGACAUGCCGUGCCAAAGCCAGGCCCGAUUCCAAAGUUCUCUCUGCUGUCCUUGGUGACAUCCUGCUCUUCCUCCUUCACACCUGGGCUUGCAGGCCCACCCCAGCCACCGCUGAGUCCACUCAGAGAGGACCAAGUUCCUGGAGGAGGCAUUUCAGGGCUGAAUCCUGUCCUAGCUUUGGCCCGGGACACCCAGGUGGAGAAAGUGGUCUCUGCCCUGAAUUGGAUCCAGGGACCUGAGUUCAUUCUUCUUGGCUUGCCAACCCUCCAAGCCUCCUCUUGUCCCCAGAAGCCACGUAGUCAUGGAUAGGAGUGGGUCCGUGCUGCUCUUCGAGGGGCUGGGGGGGCCCACAUCAAGUGGGAAAAUGGAUUCCACCACCAUUGUGUUCCCGUGAGGUUCUCACUGCAGGGCUGAAAGGAAAGAGCAUCAGCUUGAUUUCUCUAACCACUCAUCCCUCUUUUGUUCUUUCUCCCACCAACACCCUUCCCCCAGCUGUAGUUAAUUUCAGUGCCUUACAAAUCCUAAGCUCAGAGAAAAGUUAGCUUGUUUCUGUUCCAGAGGGAAGGGAACCUCCCUGGGCCCUCCCCUCUCUAUUUAUCACAGCUUGAUUGUUUAUGCAACUCCAUCUUAAGAACUGCCCAGCCUCAGCUGCAACCCAGAAUCUGAGAAGGAAUUGUGUCAUGCAAGGGAAGCUGGAAUCAGGCAGCUGAGCCAGUGGCAGCUGCAGUAAGCAGGAGAUGUAGGUUUCAGCCCCCGCUCCACUGUCAGUGAGCUGCCACCGUGGGCAAGUCGUUUGUCCCUCUGAGCUGCAGUUUCCUCAUCUGUCACAUCAGUACAGACAAGACCUCCCUGGAGCCCUUCUGGCUGUCCUAGGCUGUCCUGUGGUUGCAAAACCCAUGAAAAGCCUCAUUGUGUUGAAAGUCAGAGAACAAAUAUACAUGAUCCAGGUAGACAUGUCAGGGUUGUCUGUCAUUCCAGGUCCUUCCUUCAGCCCCAAGGCCAGCUCCCAUCUCAUUUUCAGAAAUGAAAAAAAAAAAAAAAUAGACCUCAUUCUCUUGUUUGCAAAGCACGCAAAUUCUGGCAUUAGAAUUUGCCAGAAUCUCACAGCGGGCCCCUGUGCUUCCUGCCCGGUGCGAAACUGAUGAUUCUACUCGCUGUAGAUGAAUGGUUAGCACCAGCUAGGUUAAUCCAGCCGCUGAAGUGCCACCAUUUUGCCAGUGGAGCCUCCGUCCCUAAGUCCCUGGGACUGGCCAGAGAUGCCAGCGGCCUGUGUUGCUCUUAGUCCCAUAACCAAAAUCCAGGCUUUCCCAGACCUUGCCUGCAAUCAGGGGCUUGGGAGGGAAAGUAUUUUGGAACCACGGCAGCCUCAGGUUAAUGUUGCUGCACUGGCCUGGAGAGAGGCUGUCCCUCCAGCGUGAUGAGCUGAGUCAGCAGCUUCUGCUUGUGCCCAGUCCUGUCGCUGUCCAUCCACACGGUGACUGGGGUGGAGUUGCCUUCGGUGCCAGGGGGCAGUGCAUGUGGAAAGUACAUACCAGAGUAGACCUCUCCCCUCCAGAGCCCUGAGUGUCUUGCCUGUUGAAGGUUUUCUGUGAAAUCAGAAUUAUAGCCAGAAGGAUGAAUAAUCAGAUAUGAGUGAAAGCGGAGGGGGGAGGCGGAUGGGUGUGGCAGUGUGUGGUGUGUGAUUCUCAUUUUUUUUCUUUGGUCGUGGGGACGGAGGAGAGAGGCAUGAAUCUCCCCUCUCAGGCUCUCGAAGCCACAGGCGCCUGUCUGCUCUCUGAAUACACGUCCCAGUGGCUGUGAGGCUGCUGCUUCUGUAAAAAUAAAAGUAUGGAUUGGAAGCUA